AAACGUCACUAUUACAACGGAACGAUAAGUGGUGAACGAGUGUUACGGCGGCGACUACGACGCCGUUCACUCCGGUGACUUGAAAUUAUUUGAACAUUCACACACGUAAACUCGUCCACAACUUUACUAUAGGUUGUAGCCUAUAAGAAUCUAUACUUUUACCUUUUGCUACCUGCAAUUUACGUACACAAUAUAUCGAUUUUUAUUUUUAUUUAAUGUUACGGCAACGCUUCACUGUGCAUCGAAACAGAAACUUCAACCAUUCGAGUAUAAUGUUCACAAUAUGUAGUUAUCAAAUAUAUCCAAAAUUAUAACUGGAGAAAAUACCUCAACGAACAAUAUACCAGAAGAUCUUUCAAGCAGUGACUUAGUAUACUUUAAGUAUGCCCCGAUAUCUUCAACGGAUGUAGAACAAAGUUUUUCUCGAUUCAAGAACAUAUUUGCUGAAAACCGACGUGCAUUUUUAUUUGAAAAUCUAGCCAAGUCUUUAGUAGUUAAUUGUAACUCUCCAGAUGAGUGAAUGUUCAAAUCACAACUCAACGCAGUUCAAUACAACGUACAAAAAUAUUUGCCGAAGAAUAUCUGUUAUGAGUAGUUGAUCAUUAACGAAGAAUGUUCCAUGAGUUAUCAAUGUAACAGCUAUGUUUUCUUCUCAAAUUUAUUCAAUACAUCUUUUGCUAGUCUAGAUAAAUAAGAUUUAAGAUGUCUGAAGAAGAAGAUGAAGGAUGGAUGAAAGCUUUAGAAAAAGCACUUUGUGAGAAAGACGAGUCUCCACUUAGUGAAGAAUCUGGAAAUUUUACUGUAAUUGCCAAUGAAUGUAGGGGUCAAAUGUGGCGUCAGUUGCUGAAUCGUGAUGAUGAUACUAUUCAAACUUUGUUAGACGAGAGACCAAUUAUAAAGAAUAUAGAACAGUUGGAAGUUGACUGUCAAAUGUUGAUUGCUUCUUUAGAAAUUGAAGAUGAAGAUGAAAAGUUAAACUGUCUGUCAGACACUGAAGCUAUAUUGGUAACAAUGUGUAAAAUAUAUAAUACAGAUACGUAUGAUAUGAGUAAGAAAUGGUCAUCAAUAAUUCGGCCGAUUAUAUCAUUAAAAUUACCACGAAUUGAUACAUAUACUAUGUUUCGUGCGGUUGAUGAAGAGUACUUAGCCAAACAUCAAGACUGUUAUCAUUUAUUACGGAUAUUGUUAUUAUAUCAUGAUCCAGAAUUGUGUAAUUUACUAGAUUCUCUGAAAUUGGGACCAGAACUUUAUAGUGACUCAUGGAUACAAACUUUAUUCUCAGAAACAUGUUCAUUAGAAGUAAUAUUAACUAUUUGGGAUUUAUACUUAGCAAAAAAAGACAGGUUUUUUAUAUUUUUCUUGGCUUUAGUAUUCAUCAUCAAUGCAAGGGAUCAUAUAUUUUCAUUAAAACAUCAACCAAAAACACAAUUGAUUGAAAUUCUUGGGAAUUUGCCAUCACAAUUGGCCAUAGAUGAUAUAAAUGAUUUUUGGUCUUUGGCAGAAUACUAUGAUAAACAAACACCUUCAUCCUUCAUAAAAGAUGUUGCUGGGUAUAUUUUUGAUCCAAAGCUGCAGGAUAAAGGAAUUUCACAAAUGUUAUGCCUUCCAAUCAGUGUAAACGAACUAGUAUCUCAUACUAAUAGAACAGUGACAAACAGCUUGAAAUUUUUUGUUAUGGAUUGCCGACCUGCUGAACAGUACAAUGCUGGACACUUGCCUAUUGCCUUUCCAUUGGACAGUACCUUACUUUUGGAAGAUCCUGUUUCUUUUUGGACUGCGGUUGAAGGGUUAUUAUCAUGUCAAAAGCAGAGCUUUGUUGAGGGUCGUUCAGGGGGAGGAGAACAUUGGUGUUUUUCAGGUUGUGGUAGUGGUUUGGAUGCUAACCAAAACACUCACAUGGUUGUUUCUGCUUUUCUACAAAAACAUUCUCUCUAUGUUUCGAUGUUAAAUGGUGGUUAUCAAGCACUUCAUGACUAUUUUGAAAAAAACAAUAUUGAUGGCCUGAGUGAUCAUGAUCGUAAUAGAUGUUCACAGUGUCUUUGUAGUCCUCAUAAAAAUAAAGAACGAUUGACUCAAACAAAUUCAACUAAUGAAUUGUUUUCUAAGCUCGGUGUGGCCAUGAGAUCAAAAUCUUUUGAAGUCAAAGGUAAAUUAAUGGAUUUUUUAUCAAGUAAUAACAAUAGUACAAAGAAUGAAAAAACGGAUGGAGGUAGCAAAAGAUACAGAAAUAUGGCACCAGUUUUUGCAAUAGAUGAAGAUGAUAAUAAUCAAGAUUCAGAAGAUGAGUUAUAUGAUGCAGCUCAUAAUAAUAGUUUGUCGAUGCUAUUAAAUAAAUCCAAUGUAAUUGCAUCAUUUGAUUGUCAACAUAUCAGAAAUGAUGGAACAGUUAUUCCAGGGAAAUUGGUGUUGACAGAAAAUAACCUUAUAAUAGUUGAAAUAGACCCAAAAGAUCCUAAUAAAAUUUGUUCAUUGAUAAAUCAUUCACUAGGAACUAUUUUGAAUAUCAAAUGUCGCAAAAAACGACCGGAUUUGAUUAUUUUUGAAUACUCUGGAGCGGAAAAGGAUAUAGACAGAUUCUUAAUACCACAAUCACAAAAAGCUACCGAUAUAAUAAGUAAGCAAAUAAUGGAUUUUAUUGAGCGUGAUGAAAGCUGAUCAGUUUUGUAAAACUUGCUACAACAAAAGAUUAUAUCGAAAACAAGAUUCAUCACAAAAUACAGUUUACAAAUAAUAAGUUUGUGAUUAUAUUGCUUUAAUAAAUCCAAAUAUAAAAAUUUGAUUGCUCAUAAAUUAAUCUGAAAAUCAUUAUGUGAAGCAAAAUAAAUCUAUUCAAGCUAAAAAAAACCAUAUAAUAUGUAGAUAUAUUUGAUAACUUAUUGUUCAAAAUCUAUUUUGGGUAUUGAAAAAUGCCAUAUUUAUGAAACUAAUGUUAAUUGUACUAUACUUACAGUUCAUUAUUCUUAACUUUCUUGAAAUAUGACUAUUUAUGUUAUCAUUUAUUUGUUUUCUGUUUAUUUUAAUUGGAUGUAUAAGAAAUUUUAAAAUUGUUAUUUUAUUUUACAUAAUAUUUCAUUUGCAUUAAGUUGUUGAAAUGAUGACAAAUUCUUAUUCUCAGAACUUUAGAACAGUCUAUAAAUAAAGUACAUUGUAUUAACAUUGUCACAUCCUUCACUAGUCUAUCUUUAAAGAGUAAGGACUUAUAUAGUAAUUAUUAAAUCAAUGAAUUGAAAGUAAAACUGUUAAAUUAUUUAACUGGCAAAUAAGUAUUA